AUGUCUUCACACUUUCAGGCCAAGCCACGGUGGGAUGCCUGGCCACCAACCCAGGUGCGCCUCACGCCCUCUACGCCCAAGGACUACCCAUCCCUGGACGAUAUAAACGAGGACCCUCUCAACUACUUUCUCACACCUCCCACCGACUUUGAGGACGCCAGCGGUGACAUCGACAUGUUUGACUUUGACGCCGGUAUUGAGAGUCCGCACUCGUCGCACGACAUAGUCCGCAGCGUCAGCCCUUCCAGCCUCGAAGGCCUCAGCAAGCCGGGCUCCCCACCGGUUCCUGAUCUCUCUGAUCUGGCCACACCCGACACGGACGACGAAGAGGAGAGUUACAUGCGCUUCGCGCCCCACCACUUUGGUCUCCCAUCUACCCUGCGAGACUUCAUGAUGGACAGCGAGAGGUCCAAGCAAAGCCAAGUCUCAAACUCUCCCUCGUCGCCCCUUGACGCCCCGAGGGGACGUUCUCGUGGCUCGAGGCCAGUAGGCCGCGGCCGACAGCCCAGCUUUGCCACGCGCCGCCGCUCACAGCAGGUCUGGCGUGAGCCCAGCCCCGACGUCUGGUCAAUCGAGGAGGAGACAGAAGAGGCCAUGAGCGAGCUCGGAAGCACCGUGGCCGCGGACAGCGACGCCGGAGAGGUGCUCGCCUCGGCGAUGAAGAAGGACCGGACUCGGCCGGUAGACAUACAGGCUGCGAAGCCGACGAAGAAGGUCAGGUUUGUCCUGCCUGCGGAGGAGAUCUAAUGGGAGAACGGGCAGUACAACAAGGCCGCGCUUCAGAUUUCUUUUUUCCUUCUUUGCAUGUUGGGGGGGGGGGGGGGUUCUCAUUGCUUCCAUUUGGCUUCAUCUUCCUCUUUAACUACAGUAGGUAGUUUGCAUGGACUUUGCGGGAUGCAUCAGGGGCGUUCAGGUUGAAGGAACAUUUUUCCUACACCACUUCGAUGGUUUCUGGGGGCAGGAUUGGAUGCCUCGAGAUUGGUCUUUCGUCACCUAGUAUCACGUACAGCGAGAUGUGCCGGCAUGCAGUAUACACGGCGUUGGCAUGCCAGCCAGAGCGAUUCUGGAAAUCACAACCACAGUUAUCA